UUCUCAACCUCGCUCCCUCUCUCUCUCUCUCUCUCUCACUCCCUCACUCUCUUCUUGCCCAUCCGUCAUCACCCUCACUUGAGCUUCUUCGGUCUCCACUCUGCCAGUAAUGUAAACUUACUACUAGUAGAAAUUGCAGCAGCCAAAACCCAUAGCCACUCAGCCAGCAAAGAUUUGGUCGGAGAAUGGCGUAUAUGUGUACCGACAGCGGCAACCUAAUGGCCAUUGCUCAACAAGUCAUUAAGCAAAAGCAGCAACAGGAACAGCAGCAACAGCAGCAGCAGCAGCAGCAACAGUUUCUGGGCAUCAACCCAUUUUGCCUGAGUCCAUGGUCCACCACCACUCACUCCAGUUUAACCACCAGUCCAGCUUUGGGCUAUGGACUCACUGGGCCCGGCUUCGCCGACCCAUUUCAGGUCCCCGGAGGUUGUCCAGACUCUGCUGAGCCCGGCUUUCAGUUCCCGCCCCUCGACCACCACUCUACUGGGUUUCGCUUUCCUGAUUUUUGCGGGGCACCCGGCGGCGAGUUCGACUCCGAUGAGUGGAUGGAGAGCUUGAUGGGCGGUGGAGAUUCCACUGAGAGCUCUAAUCUUCACUCUGGCUGCGACGCGUGGCAGACCGGCUCCGACUUUAAUGCUACUACUAUCUACGGUGCCGAUCCCUUUGCCGCUUGCCCGAGUCGUCUCAGUAUUGGCUCCUCUCCUCCGUCCUCCGACCUCAACAGAGUCAUCUUCUCCGAAACCUCCCAGAAAAGCUCUGCUCCUCCUGAUCCUCCCCAAACCCAACCCUCCUCCCAGUGGGUCCCACCUUCAUCUUCCCCACCAUCUUCACCUCUACAUCCUACCGCUAAAGACUCCUCCAAGCAGCAGCAGCAGCAGCAGCAGCAACAGCAACAACAACAACAAAACUCCGCUUCCCAAAACGACGCCGCAGCUGCCUGCACUUCCUCCACGUCCCCGGAUGCUUCACCUUCGAAGCCAUUACUAAAAGCCUUGAUAGAAUCGGCUAGAUUGGCCGGUUCAGACCCUGACAAUGCAGUGAAAUCACUGAUUCGACUGAGGGAAUCGGUUUCCCAGCACGGCGAUCCCACAGAGCGAGUCGCGUUUUAUUUCCUCGAAGCUCUUUACGGCAGAGUUUCCCGACAACCGGAGAAAUCUCCGACGAUUUUCGACACCACUCCGGAAGAGCUCACUCUCUGCUAUAAAGCUCUCAACGAUGCUUGCCCGUACUCCAAGUUCGCUCAUUUAACGGCAAACCAAGCAAUUCUUGAGGCCACUGAAAAUGGGACGAAAAUUCACAUCAUCGAUUUUGGUAUCCUUCAGGGAGUUCAAUGGGCCGCUCUAUUGCAGGCUCUCGCUACUCGCCCGGCUGGAAAACCCGAGAGAAUUCGGAUCUCUGGAAUUCCAGCUCCUCUCUUGGGGAAGUCUCCGGAAGCUGCUCUUUUGGCCACUGGGAAGCGUUUGAGUGACUUCGCUGAGCUUCUAGAUCUGAAUUUCGAGUUCGAACCGGUUUUAACUCCGAUUGAGGAAUUAACCGGGGCAAGUUUCCAGGUCGACCCGGAUGAGAUACUAGCCGUUAAUUUCAUGCUUCAGCUGUAUAAUUUGCUUGAUGAUGACAAGUGUGGAGCUGAGGCCGCGCUGAAGCUGGCCAAGUCACUGAGUCCGAGUGUAGUCACUUUGGGGGAAUACGAGGUUAGUUUGAAUCGGGUCGGGUUUCUGGCCCGUUUCAAGAAUGCUCUGAAGUACUACUCGGCACUAUUUGAAUCGUUGGAUCCGAAUUUGACCCGGGACUCAGACGAAAGGCUGCGAGUGGAAAGUCUACUGUUUGGCCGGAGAAUAGCGGGGGUUGUGGGCCCGGAGGAAGAAACGGGAACUAGAAGAGACCGUAUGGAAGAUAAGGAACAGUGGAGGAUUUUGAUGGAGAGUGCCGGUUUUGAGCCGGUGACCCUGAGUCAUUAUGCAAUGAGCCAAGCAGGAAUACUUCUUUGGAGCUAUAACUACAGUCAAUCGUACAAACUGGUUGAUUCUCCGCCUGGGUUUCUCUCAUUGGCCUGGAAUGAUUUGCCUCUCCUCACCGUUUCUUCUUGGCGUUGAUUGGGUUUGUUUUAGUCUAAAAGAAUUUGAGGAUCUUUUUUCCACUACCUGGUAAUUUUAUUCUAUGGUACUGUGGAUAUAGUUAUGAUGAUGAUGAUCAAUCUGCCAUGAAUUGUAUCGUUUGAAGAUGGCAAUGAAGCCCCCAGUCUCUUGCUUGCCACAAAUUUCCCAACUCUAAUUGUAGAAGAUUAUACACUUGAGUAUAGCUUGAUAGUUGAUAGCUGUAGUUUGAAGAAGAUGUCUUGGAGACUCGGACCGACUCCACCUAUUAACACUUAUUUGCAGUUUGAUUUUGCUAGUCUUUUGUUAAUAUUAUUAUGUGUUAAAUUGAAUUCUCGUAUUCUAGUG